UACCCCUUAAAAAAAGUUGAAAGACCAUACAAAAUUCGAGGAAGAAAAUCCUCUCUCUCUCUCUGUCCAUUUUUUUUUUCCAUUUUGAUUUUGAUUUUCUCGAAGAAUGGAGUCUGCAGAAUCCCCAGAGAUGAAGUCAAAUUCAAGAGCAUGUUACAGGUUCUCUUGAAGACGAAACAGGAUGACGAACUCUUGAAGAAUAUUGAAUUCAAGGAGAAACUCGAAAUAUAACGAAGGUAAAGCGAAAAUAAAAGCGAGAGAAAGAGAUGAAGGGAAUAAAGACGAUCAAGAAACAAGUGAAAGUGAGAAAACGAAAGAGACAAAAAUCAAGGAGAAACACAAAGAUAAAGAGGCCAACGAAAGCAAGGAAGAAACCAAGAAUAAGGAAAAUAAAGAAAAGGAAGCAAUCAAGAAAAGCCAAAAGAAAGAGAAGAGGGAAAGCAAAGAAGAAAAUGAAAAGAAGGAAGAGAAAGAAACAGAAUCAAACAAUAACAAAGAAAACGAAGACAAAGAAAAAGACAAAAAGAA